AUGGAAGCAGAGUAUAGUAUCACCGUUCCUAUCUUGCAAGAAGUUUAUGAUACUAACCAGAAGCAGCAGCAGUUUGUUGACGACCAAACCAACAACACCGGCGAAACCUCCUUCAUCAAAACCUGUCUUAAUUGCAUCAACGCCUUGUGUGGCAUUGGAAUACUAUCCGUUCCUUAUGCACUAGCAUCGGGUGGAUGGGUAUGUUUGAUCCUUCUUUUUGUCCUAGCCACUUGUACAUUCUACGCAGGAUUAUUAAUCAAGAAAUGUAUAGACAUUGAUCCAAAAAACAUCACAACUUACACUGACAUUGCCAAAAUAGCAUUUGGAAACAGGGGAAGAUGGAUCAUCUCACUUUUCAUGAAUUUGGAGCUUUACUUCAUCGCUACUGGAUUCCUAAUCCUAGAAGGCGACAACUUGCAUAAACUGCUGCCCCAUGUUCUUUCCCACACAUUUGUCAUCCUAGUUGCUCUUGUCAUAAUAUUGCCUACUGUUUGGAUUGAUAACUUGACCAUCCUUUCUUAUAUAUCUGCAACCGGCAUUUUAGCUUCAGGAAUCAUUCUAGCCUCGGUUCUUUGGACCGGCCUUGGUUUUCAUGGCAGCGGUGGCGAUCGUGUCAUUCUUAAUCCGAAAGGAAUCCCAACCGCUUUGAGCUUGUACGUUUACUCUUACUGCGGUCAUCCUGUUUUCCCAACCUUAUACACUUCCAUGAAAGACAGAACACAGUUUUCCAAGGUUUUAUUCAUAGCUUUUUCAAUAAGUACAAUAUGUUAUGCAUCAAUUGCAGUUCUGGGUUACCUAAUGUUUGGUUCAAGUCUUCAGUCUCAGAUUACUUUAAACCUACCAACAGACAGAAUUAGCUCAAGGAUUGCUAUAUAUACUGCUUUGGUGAACCCUAUAUCAAAGUAUGCAUUAAUGGUAACCCCAAUUGUAACUGGUAUUGAGAAGAAGAUUUCAUCACAUUACAAUAAAAGAACAUGUCAGGUCUUAAUAAGGACAGCCCUGGUGAUCAGCACUGUUUUUGUGGCUGUGGCGGUUCCCUUCUUUGGGGAACUCAUGUCACUUGUUGGGGCCUUUUUAAGUGUUUUUGUAUCCAUUGUUUUCCCAUGUUUAUGUUACUUAAAGCUUUCGGGGAUUUACAUGAAGAAUGGAUUUGAACGGGUGAUUAUCAUGGUUAUUGUGUUAAUGGGCAUAGUCACUGCAGUUUGUGGUACUUAUGUAGCUAUUCAACAAUUAAUAUCCCACUUGUAA